AUGGCCUCGACGCUCACGGCAGCGAGUACCGCGUUGCGCCUUUCUCAGGUGAGUGAAAUGCCUGUUUCGACCUUGUUCUCUGCUAUUUCCAUCGUGCCGUUAUACCCCGAACACUCGCUCUCGGGCACUACUCGAUACCGCAAAUUGAAAGAGAGCCUUCUGGAUGCAGCAGAUGCAGUCCGUCUUGCUCGAGUGGAGACACGUUACCUAUUCACAUUCUGUCACGUGGUAGAUUUCCUUGACCUGGCAAUUCAACAGUUGCAACAAUCUUCCGAACAGCCUCUCGACGUUAUCCUGGCCUCCUGCCAAUGUCGCCCAGUCUCUUCGAUACUAGAUGAGUCAAUGACCGAGUUCCUUAUUGAACAUCAGAAGCAGUCCUGGAUCGACAAUCAAGCCCUCCACGUUGUCACGUCCAGCCUGCUGGCGGACCACUACAUUCCCGAAAUGCAUGACCAAGAUCGAAAAGGUCAAGAAGUUGACCCAAUCGCCGAACGACUGGGCGGCAACAUGUCACAAUUGGCGCUGGCCUGGUGCGCCAAGAACCCCAAUGUCAGCAUGGUCAUCCUCGGCGCCACCAAGGUCGAGCAGAUUGUGGACAACUGCAAGGCGCUCAAGCUGUUGGAAAAGCUGGACGACAAGACCAUAGAGGAGAUCGAGGAGAUCCUGGACAACAAGCCCGCCGCGCCGGCCUCCUCUGGAAGAUCGAGGUAG